AUGUGCGGCAUAUUUUGUUACAUUUGUUCGGACGACAACAUUUCUGCAGCUGACCAGGCUCUGCAAUCAUGCCAAGCCCUUCUCGCGAACCGGGGACCAAAUCACAGCGUAAGACUUUGGUACGAUUCGAAAGUACUGUUUCAUGGAUCUGUACUAUGGCACCAGGGAAAAACGCUAUGCAAACAACCCAUCGAAACCGAUCAAACAGUACUACUAUUUAACGGCGACAUAUUUGAAAACCGAGAAAACACAACCCAAAGUGACACGUUUUGGCUGCUACAAAGGAUCGAAUCUUGCGAGACACAAGACGAUUUACACCGGCUGUUUGCGAACCUUCGUGGGCCUUUUAGCGUUAUCUUUUUUAGGAAGCAAGAGAAUCGCAUUUAUUUUGCCCGUGAUCGUGUUGGUAGAAACUCAUUGAUCUUAGGCAGAGCACAAAAUGGAAGUGGUAAUACGUUUAUUUCGAGCGUAUGUGGUAAUAUAGCUUAUGAGUUUGUCCAUGAGCUACCACCUCUUGGUUUAUAUUAUAUCGACUUAGAUUGCGCUGCUGAUCCAGCUCCAUUCCGCCUAUUGCCUUGGACAGAAAGCGAUUGCUCACAUAUGGAGCAAUUGUUUGCUAGUGUAGUAAAAAUCGAACCAAGUAUUUCUCUUGAAGAUACCCUACCAGAGUCUGUUGAACAGCAUAAUUUUGAUUUUCAUACGUUAUUAGCUAAAUCGACAUUGGAUGAAAAUGUGUUUGAGUAUCUCUGUAAUUUUCCAGAAGUCAACAAGAUUUGCAAUCGACUGAUUGCAAUAUUGCGUGAAUCAAUUCGAGAGCGCAUACAGACCACAACCAUGUCUUGCAAAGAGUGUUUAGAAACAAAUUUUCAAUGUGAUCAUCCAAAGAUCGGUAUCCUUUUUUCAGGUGGAAUAGAUUGUACAAUUUUAGCAUUAAUUGCGGACGACAUUAUACCCACUCAAACACCGAUUGACUUGAUGAACGUGGCGUUUGAAAAAGUGAAUCGAUCAGGAGAAAAAUGUGAACCAUCAAAAAUAGAUUACAACGUACCAGAUAGGUUGACGGGGCGUGCUACUGUGCAAGAGCUUAUUUCCCUAAGACCUAAUAGGAAAUGGAAUUUUAUUGAGAUAAACGUGUCUCGAAGCGAACUAAGCGAACAUAGAAAAACCAUUUCCGACCUCGUCUUUCCUCUACAAAACGUUUUGGACGAGUCGUUGGGUGCUGCGUUGUGGUUUGCCUCCAAGGGGAUUGGGUUGAAAAACGGACAAAGUUUUACAAGUACGAGUAGGGUUUUAUUGUUGGGAUCGGGAGCAGAUGAAUUGUUUGGUGGUUAUACUCGACAUAAAGCAGCUUUUGAGAAAUGCCUGCGCAGUAACGACAAACCUUUGCCAGGUGAAGCCAAAACUCUGGAGGACACUCAAUUCCAGCAAGCAUUUCAAGCGUUGCAAGACGAAUUAGAAGCAGAUUGGAGCCGAUUACCGAGUAGAAACCUGGCUCGUGACGACAGAGUAAUCAGUGACAAUGGUGUGACUCCACGUACUCCAUAUCUGCAAGAAGAUUUCAUUUCGUUAGUUCGUUCACUGAAAGCAUCGCAAAGGUGCUACCCUCCUUUGGGGCCAGGGUUGGGUGAUAAACUUGUGCUGAGACUUUGUGCCUACAAACUUGGAUUAGUGCAAGCGAGUUGCCUGCGAAAACGGGCUUUACAGUUUGGCUCAAGGAUAGCUGAUCGCAAGCAAAAUGCAUCCGAUCGUUCGUCUUAUUUACAAGGUGUAAGAGAUUAA